AUGGUCCGUUCCAUCCUCCCAACUCUUGCCCUGGGCCUCCUCACCACUGCCUACGCAGCCGACUCCCCCGGCUGCGGCAAAGAGCCCACCCUCACCAGUGGCAUCCACAACAUCGAUGACCGCGAGUACAUCCUCGAGGUGCCCGAGGGCUACGACUCGAGCAAGCCCUACAAGCUCAUCUUCGGCCUCCACUGGCGCGGCGGCAACAUGAACAACAUCGUCGACGGCCAGAGCGUCGAGCCCUGGUACGGGCUGGCGACCCGCGCCGAGGGCAGCGCCAUCUUCGUCGCCCCCAACGGCCGCGACGCCGGCUGGGCCAACAACGGUGGCGAGGACAUCGCCUUUAUCGACGCCAUCAUCGAGCAGGUCGAGGCCGACCUCUGCGUUGACCAGUCCGCCCGCUUCUCCACGGGCUUCAGCUGGGGCGGCGGCAUGAGCUACGCGCUGGCCUGCGCCCGCGCCAGCGCCUUCCGCGCCGUCAGCGUCCUCAGCGGCGGCGUCAUCAGCGGCUGCGACGGUGGCACCGACCCCAUCGCCUACCUCGCCAUCCACGGCAUCAACGACCCCGUGCUGCCCUUUGACGGCGGCGUGGAGCUGGCCAACCAGUUUGCCCAGAACAACGGCUGCCAACCGGCUGAGGUGGCCCAGCCCCCGCCCGGCAGCGGGCAGUCGGCGCGGACGGACUAUGAGUGCUCCGAGCGUCCGGUGUCGGUCAUCGCUUAUGAUGGCGGCCACGACGCGGCCCCGCUGGGCGUGGGGAACCCGCUGGCUCCCGAUGCGACCUGGGAGUUCUUCAACGCCGAGUGA